GCGCCGGGGACCCCGCCGACCUGGUGGCACUGGCGCAGCGCGUGCAGCAGGCAGAUGAAUUCAUCCGAGCUAACGCCUGCAAUAAACUGACCGUCAUAGCGGAGCAAAUCCGGUACUUGCAGGAGCAGGCACGGAAGGUCUUGGAUGAAGCUAACAGAGAUGCUGAUCUACACCACGUGGCCUGCAAUUUCGUGAAGAAACCAGGAAGUAUCUACUACUUGUACCAGCGGGAAAGUGGCCAAAGAUGCUUCUCCAUAAUCUCUCCUAAGUUCCACGUCGGUGUGGAUAUGGGAACCAGGAGCGACCUGUGCCCAACUAGGAGAGCGCGCAGCACAGCAUGGAGGCAACCCUAUCUCCUGCCCUGGCAGCAGCAGCUUUCUAGGAGCUCCACAAGAAAGCUAAGGAUAGAAAAUGUAAUGGAGCCAGGCCCCUUUCUGACUGAUGUGCUACCCAGUACCAGAUGGUUGAGGAACAUGUCAGAGUCAUCAGAUUGCUUGUGCCAAAGAUCCCAGGAGUGGGGGACCAGUUGCCCACAUGCUUUUCUUGGUGCCUACAAGCUUCAGCAUGACAUGUCCUGGACUCCAUCUGAGAACGUUGAAAGACGAGAUGUUGAAAUUGGCAUCAUUGAUAAGCUGCUGAGCCAGCAGGCAGCACUACCUCAGUGUGCAGAGCCCAAUUUUCAAGGCCUCAUCAAGUGAAGCAGGCUGGCAGUAAUCGUGGAGAUGUGAACAGCUGAAGUUGCUAGCACUGCAAAAAGAGUUUCAGGAAUAGACCAAGAAGAAAAAAAUGGUGAUUCUGUUCAUUUCAGCUACUACUAAUUCAUUUUUCCUUGAAAAGUUUGAACACAAAGUUUUGGGUUUUUUUCAGUCCCACCCAAACAUCUAUUAAUGUGUUGGUUUGGCUUAUGACUGUAUAAGGGCAAAAAACAAAACACUGUCUUUUUCACUAGGCUCUUUUUUCUGUGAUAACAUGAAAAAGGUGACGUUGCUUCCCUCAUAGUCUAGGAGAUGCACGAGAGGCAAGAAUUUGUGUAUGAUAUCCCUUAUUGGGCCGACUGCAUGGUUGGUAUAGAUAUAGACCAAUGUUCAGGUACCACAGGGCUGAAGGAGCAUAUUGUAAUACCCAAAAGCUUGCCUAUACUUAUAUCAAGUAUACAGUUGGUUCAAAUAAAAGGUAUCGCCCACAAGAACAUAGAAAAGAGGUAUUCCUUCUCCCCAAAGGAGUCUCCAGAUACGUAUCAACCAAAAGACUAAUAAGAAAAUCUUGUUUUUUCAAUCACCAGUUUUGUAACUCUGCCAUUUGUAUCAGAACUGCACAGCUUAAUGUUCACCCUGCCCUUUUCUGCAGCUGCUAAGGACUCGUAAUCGUGAAUCAGUCUCGCUGCAGUCAUCUCUUUCACUGACGUUUGCUCAAUUCCAGUGAAAGGAAUUGCUCCAGUAUCAAUGAAAGUAAAUCCUUAUGUACUCCCGUUUAGAAUAUCCUUCUGUUAUCAGGUUCCCCUUGGAUAUAGGGGGAGUAAGAAAUAGGAUCCACCCGGGAGUGUGUUUGUGUGUGUGCCUGUCUGUCAGCUGUGCUGCCACUUGAGGAAAGUGGUCCAUUCUAGCUAGCUCUGGUUUGUACAGUGUAGUACCAUCUAGUACAACAGGGCUUUGAGAUCUGUUUAAGGGUACUGUGGGGUGCUGAGCAAUAUUAGCACUGUUGGGUGUGCAAACAUCUCUACGCGAUUUGCAAGAAAAACCCAGAGAUUUCAAAGACGAAUCUAUAGCAUUAAAAACACUCUGCCCUGUUGUGGUCUUUCUGAGUUCUGUUCAACAGGAGAAUUGUUCUUUUAUUCUUCCAUAGUCCAAAAAAGCAGUGAAAGCUAAUAACUGGCAUUUUCUAAGGGGUGCCAUUGGUGCAUAUGCACAGGUAACUGGUUCUUCCGUUUGAGGGCAGGUCCUGGGAUCCAACAAACCCCGGUUUUGGGAGUUCUCAGCCACAUGGGCUUUGAGUUGCAGGGGAACUGAGGGAGGCUGUGGCCUCCCUGCCUCUAGUGCUAUGAUAUGGGAGAACAGGAAAAUACCUAGUACCUGCUCAGCUCCAGUGGCUGCUACUACUCAGUAAGACUCCAGCAGUGUUUGUAUGAGGCAGAGGUGUACCUACAAUGUCAUCUGCAAUUUGGUAGGGAACCACAGUUACUGUAGGGCGGGGUGUCAAACUUAUCUUGGGUUCUGGACCAUGGGGGCUCCUUCUAGGCUGGAUCCAGCCCAGGGCAUGGGGUAGUGGCUACAGCCAUGGCAGCUGCUCGCGUGUUGGCAGAGAUAUAACAAGGCAGCUGGUGCCCAGUGCCCUGUCAGGGUAUGAGAAUAAAAGCAUUUUCCUACUUCACAGGUGGAUGUGAGAACAGGUGCAUUAAGGACAGUGAGGUACUCUGAUGCUAUGAGAAUGGGGCCUAGGCAAGUGUAAUAGCCUGCAGUACAUGCAUUAGACAAAAGUCUCUAGACCGAUCAUGGGGUGCUAGGCAAUGUUAGUAGUGAUUUGAAAUAGGAAUCCAUAGGAUUAAAACUGUUCUGCCCUGCUGUGGGCUUUCUGAGUUCUGUGCAACAGAAGAAUUGCUCUAGUGUUUUUCUGUCAUCAGGAAACAAGUGAAAGCUCAGCGCUGGCAUUUCUGAGGGGUGCCUCGAGUCUAGCAAAGGGUGCCUUAAGUUUAACAAGGCUGAGACUUAAUUGACAGUAGACACUAAACAUGCAACUGAAAGUCCCAUACGUAUGUAUUUGGCUGAUCUUUCCUACGUGGAUCCUCAGGCUGAGUAUUUCUAGUCUACCCCUUUGCUUUCUCCCUCCUUCCCCGCCCCCUUGCCCUUGUACUCCCAGCUCUGGCUCCAGAGCCUCUGGCAGCAGGGAGGGGAAGA